AUGGAGAUGGGUAAAGAAAACGAGAGUUUGGACGACGAUGGUCGUGUAAAACGGACUGGGACGUUGAUGACUGCAAGUGUUCACAUAAUUACUGCUGUUAUUGGGUCGGGAGUGCUCUCCCUAGCUUGGGUUAUGGCUCAGUUGGGUUGGGUAGCUGGACCUGUUUCUCUCGUGGCCUUCUCUGUCAUCACUUGGUUCACAUCUAUUCUACUUGCCGACUGUUAUAGAUCAGAUGACCCUGUUCCAGGGAAGAGAAACUAUACCUACGUGGAUGCUGUGAGAACCAAUCUAGGAGGAUACAAGGUUCGUAUCUGUGGAUUAGCUCAAAUUGGAAACUUGAUAGGGGCUACCAUUGGAUACACCAUCACUGCGGGCAUCAGUAUGGCGGCUGUUAUAAGGUCCAACUGUUUCCACAAAAACGGUCACCACGCCAAGUGCCAGGCAUCAAACUAUCCCUUCAUUAUCAUCUUUGGGGGCAUUCAGAUUGUUCUUUCCCAAAUACCCAACUUCCACAAGCUGUCUUGGCUCUCCAUGAUCGCGGCUGUGAUGUCUUUUAGUUACACUUUGAUAGGGAUCGGCCUAUCGAUAGCCCAAGUUGCAGGGGGAAACAAUGGUGCAAGGACUGGUUUAACAGGGGUCGUGGUUGGGUUGGAUGUCACAGUCUCAGAGAAGGUGUGGAAGACCUUCCAAGCCAUUGGAAAUGUUGCCUUUGCCUACACCUUCUCUCCCAUACUCAUUGAGAUACAGGACACACUAAAAUCAAGUCCCCCAGAGAACAAGGUCAUGAAGAAGGCAACUUCUAUUGGGGUGUCGACCAUAGCCUUUUUAUACAUAGUAUGUGGUGGCGUUGGUUAUGCUGCAUUUGGGAAUGAUGCACCAGGGAACUUUCUUACUGGGUUUGGAUUCUAUGAACCCUUUUGGCUUAUAGACUUUGCAAACUUAUGUAUUGCCGUCCAUCUUGUUGGAGCCUACCAGGUAUUUGCUCAACCUCUAUUCAGGAUUGUGGAAAAUUGGUGCAUCACCCACUGGCCGGAAAAUGGAUUCAUAACACCAGAACAUGCCGUUAAAAUUCCUUUAUAUGGAAAAUACCACAUCAACUUCUUUCAGGUGGUUUGGAGAACGGUUUAUGUGGUAUCAACGACUGUAAUUGCAAUGAUAUUCCCGUUUUUUAAUGACAUCUUAGGGCUGGUUGGAGCAAUCUCUUACUGGCCAUUGACUGUGUACCUCCCCAUAGAGAUGUAUAUUGUGCGGUCCAGAAUACCCAGGUUUUCCUUCACAUGGACAUGGCUUAAAGUAUUGAGCUUCACCUGCUUGCUGGUGGCAGUUGUUGCUGCAGUUGGAUCUGUUCAAGGCCUGGCUGCUGGUGUGAAGACUUACAAGCUUUUCAAGACUUAA